GUCACUCCCUAAACCGAAUCUCCUUCCUCCUCCGUGUGAACGCUCCACCGGUGAAUUAACAAUGUCGGAGCAUCGAUCCGGUUCAAGAGUCCGAGACUCCAGCCCUGACUCGGUCAUUUACACCCUCGACUCCAGCCUCUUCUCCUCCUCCGCCUCCGCCAGCGUUGACCGCUGCUCCUUCGCCUCCGAAGCCCUCGACCACGACUCCACCGCCUCCGAGAUCUCUCCGAACUCGGUCCGCCGCCAGCUCGAGGACACCUCGGAUCCGAAUAGCAAUCCGGGUUCACACAGCCACGGCCACGGCCACGUUCGUCGAUCCAGAAAAGGAGAAAAGGCCAAAGCUCGCACAGUUCAAAACCAAGACCACGACGCGGAUUCGGUUCUUGAUUCGGCACGCAGCUCUUUCUCUCUCGCCUUGAAAGAAUGCCAGGACCGACGAUCUAGAUCUGAGGCUCUGCUGAAUAAGCUGGACCGCCCGAGACCGGCUUCUCUGGAUUUGAACAAUGCCUCUGCCGCCUCGUCGCCGAGACUGGGGACGUUGAAGAAGAGCUCGAUGGCGUCACGCAUGUCCGGAACAUUUCCCAGUCCCGGAACUCCUACUUACCGCCACACUGGUCCUGGAGUGCAGAAAGGUUGGAGCUCGGAGCGAGUCCCGCCGAGUGCUAAUUUGGGGAGGAAGAAUACUACUGCAGCUGCUAUGUUGCCGUUUAAUAACGGGAGGACGUUGCCGUCCAAGUGGGAAGAUGCAGAGAGGUGGAUUUUUAGUCCGGUUCAGGGGGAUGGUGUGAUGAGGCUGUCGAAUCAGCAGGCGCAGAGGAGGCCCAAGGCAAAGAGUGGUCCGCUCGGUCCUCCUGGAGUUGCGUAUUAUUCGUUGUACUCGCCGGCAAUGCCCAUGUUUGAUGGGGGCAGUGUUCCUAAUUUCAUGGCGGGUUCUCCGUUUUCGGCUGGGGUUAUGACAGUGGAUGGGAUGGCAUUCCACUCCUCCGGCGCUCAUAAUGGGGCCUUUCCGGUUAGGCAUGAGCCUUGCAUUGCUCGUUCCGUUAGUGUGCAUGGUUGCUCUGAGGUGUUGGACCAGCAGUCAUCACUGCCUGAUUCUCAAGAUGAAAAGUUUGAUGGGGUUAAGGAUGCGGCCACCAAUGUGUCUCGCGCAGUUUCACGAAGGGACAUGGCAACCCAAAUGAGCCCUGAUGAUAGCACUCACUCAUCUCCCAAGGAGGGACAGGAUUACUCUGCUUCCACUUCCUCGCCCUUCCUUAUUGAGGGAAUGCAGAGUGCCGCCUCUUUGAAAUUGGAAGUCAGGGAUGUGCAGGUUGAUGAAAGGGUCACUGUGACAAGGUGGUCCAAGAAACACAAAAUCCGAUUACCUGGGAAGGGCUCUGAUAUUGUUGAUAGGUGGAAAAAGAAAGAUGCUGAUGUUCGAUCUUGUGCUUGGGAUCUCUCUGAUUCAGCAAAGAAUGUUUCAAAAGUUAAAAGAGAAGAAGCCAAAAUUGCUGCAUGGGAGAAUUUGCAGAAGGCAAAAGCUGAGGCAGCAAUACGAAAACUAGAGAUGAAGCUGGAAAAGAAGAGGUCAUCAUCCAUGGAUAAAAUUAUGAACAAGUUGAGAUCAGCGCAGAAGAAAGCUCAAGACAUGAGAAGCUCAGUAUCAGAAAAUCAAGCACAUGAUGGAAGGAGCUCACGUAAAUCUUUAAUAAUUCGCAGGACUCAUCAUAUCGGUUCUUUGAGUGGUUGCUUUAUGUGUCAUGCUUUCUAAUGCCUCAGUCAGCCAUUUGUUGUUCCACUUGAGCUAAAAAGCAAGGUUAAGUAACUGAGGUAUGGAGGAUUAGAGCAUGAAUGGGUGGCGUAUAUCAGUUAGCAGCUACUAUUUUGACACAAUCAUUGUCAACACUUGUCUGUUGGUGUGAAAAUUCCGGUACCUCAAGUUCAGUAUUAGAUGACUAGGAUGGUAGUAAGUUUUGGGGGAUUCAAUUACUAGUAAUGCUUUUCUGUAUGUAAAUCAAAGACCUUUAGCUUAUAUACCUGCUUUGUUAUAUAUAUUUCCACUAUAAAUAUGCUGCUUGUGCAGAUUGAAAUACAAUCCAUCUAGUUGAGCUAUUUACAUAUUACAAGGUAAA